UCAUAUUUAAUAUCAUCACAUCUUGUCCUCCAAUGGGGAUGGAGAUAGCGUAUACUAACGUGUCAUUUCCCUCCAUUACACCUCACUUCCCGUCUUCUUCUCAUCCACUAACCAACAACAACAACAUUUUCAUGUCGAAAGAUCAUCAUCGACGGAUGGAUCAGAUCGCGUAUUUCUCUUUAAACGUCAACAACGAUCAGCAUAAAGGUCACUACUACCACGCAAGUCAUGGAGAAGAAGAGAUGAAAAACCCUAAUCGAUGUAACUGCAGUACCAGCAGCAAGAAAGAGAGGAGAGACUGUGGAAGCUGUAGACACUCGUUAAAAGCUUCGGUGUCGAGGGGACACUGGAGACCGGCUGAAGAUGCUAAGCUUAAAGAACUAGUCGCGGUCUACGGUCCACAAAACUGGAACCUCAUCGCAGAAAAGCUCCACGGAAGAUCCGGGAAGAGUUGUAGGCUACGGUGGUUUAACCAACUGGACCCGAGGAUAAACAGGAGAGCCUUCACUGAGGAAGAAGAGGAGAGGCUUAUGCAAGCUCAUAACCUUUACGGUAACAAAUGGGCGAUGAUAGCUAGGCUUUUCCCUGGAAGGACUGAUAAUUCUGUGAAGAACCAUUGGCAUGUUGUAAUGGCUCGCAAGUUUAGAGAACAGUCUUCUGUUUACCCUAGGAGGAAGACGAUGAUUACUCAUAAGCCACUUGUUAACCCUAAUGCUCACUCUUGCAAUGAUUUUGAACCUACUAGGUCAGAUUUGAUCCACCUUGUUGGUAAUGAUCAGAGCCACCUUAUGUUACCAAUUCCUUGCUUCACAGGUUAUGAUCAUGGAGUGUUUGAAAACCAAAUGAUGAUAGAUGACUACUCUACAAGGACACGAGAGGUCGCCACUACAUUCGGUGAUUCAAACCAAACGGGGAAGUGUGAGAUGCUUGAUGAGAGCAUGAAUGAGAAGAAGAAACCACACUUUUUCGAUUUUCUUGGGUUGGGGACAGUGUGAAUGUGUGAUCAUCACCAUGAACAAGAGAGAAAUUAGGUUAGUUAACAAAAAGUAGGAGAUGAUUCCGAGUCUAUUUAAUGUAGUUUUGUUGCGUUAAUUAAUAACCAUUUGUAGAUUAAUUGUUGUUAGUCCCAUGCAACAUUCUUAAACUCGUGUUAGUUACGUACGUAUCACUCUUUGGUUAAUUAAUUAAUGCUUUAAUGUA